AUGGACCUGAAGUCGAUGCUAAACGACUCCUCGACACAGCGACACCAACACCACCAUCAACCUCAACCGCACCCUCCGCCGCGACUUCACACCCAACAAUCGUCCUAUGAACACAGCCCCUCGUACGAGUCUCAUCCUCCCCUCGAGCGCCCUCCAUUGCCCUCGUCGUCCUCGUCGUAUCAGCAGCCGCCACCGCCACUCCCGUCAAAUGAAUACCGCACCUCUGCAAACGGCUCCUAUUUUGCUGUGCAGUCACCACAACAACAAAAUUCGGCCUCCGCGUCAGGCUCGACGCCCGGCGCAACCGGGCAAUCCUUCUAUGCGCAGAGUCCAGGACCGCAUGGACAGAUACACACUCCGCGUGAAGGGAUUCCACCUUCGCAUCCGUAUCAGUCUCCCUUUGUUCCUUCACCGUCUCCCUCUGCGCCUUACCCACCAACUCCAGGAUCCGUCCACCACUACCAGAGCGCUACGCCUUCCUCUGCCACCACAUAUCAUCACUCGAGCGCACACCCUUCCCUGAGCGCCCAGUCUCCUACGCCUAGAGAAGACUACAUUUCCGCAAACGGUCUUGCACAUGCGCAGCAGAGGCACGUUUCACCUCAGGCUCAGUUUCACCCACCUCCAGUAACACCCCUCGGUCCGCCGGUUGCCUAUCCUCGACCAUCACCUCAUCCUCAUCGCCCGACGUCCCAUGGCCACGAAAGCGUGAGAAGAUCAUCUGUUGGCUCCGUUGGUUCAGUGCAGAGCAGGGAAUAUAAUCAGCCGCCCUACCCGCAAGCGGAACAUUCCAGGAGCGCCAGUGGGAGCGUACAAAGGACUUAUUCUGGGGACUUGCGGGAACGCGAACGGAGCAUCGAGAGCGUCAGCCCCAAGACGAUUCCCAAGCCUCCUCCAAGUCGGCAGCAGAGUGUUGGGCGAUACCAGGAGCCCAUGUCCGAUCCGCAGUCUAACGCGCAGCCUAAUCGGGCCCCCAACAUCAACUCCAACCCAAAUGCUCAACUUCACACCACGCCAGAUCGCAAUAUCGAAAACCAGAGUCAUGAGACGACGCCAAAAUCCUUUUCCGCAUCCAUUGAGCCCAAAUCUGGAGCGUCGUAUCCGGAUACCCGCCCGAGCCCUGGACCCGGUGCUCCUAACCAAUAUAAUUCAACACCCCAACUGACCAACUCAUACCUACCCGCACAACAGAGUCCUUCAGCAAAUGCUCAGCCUCAGCCGUCCUUGAAACGAUCUGCAAGUUAUUUGUCCGAUGUUGCAGCGACGCCGUUGCCCCCUAAAAAGAGACCCCGGCGUGAUGAGAUCCCUAUAUGGGCGCAGAGCGCUCGUCGUAAUUUGCCUUUGAGGUUCGGGGAGCCAAUAAACUGGAGUCCAUCACGACAAGCUGGCACACCCAAGACGCCUGGGUCGCCCAGGAAUGAUAUGCCUAUAAAGAAGGAAUCUGUGGGGUCGCAGGCUGUCAAUGGGCAAGUACAAAAUCACACUGCGACACCACCAGGGGGACCUCGAUGGGAGCCCUCGAUCACUGGUGAUGCACCAUACGAUGAUCUUACCAGACACGUCUGUGAUUGGAUCUAUUUCGUUAUCGGCAACGCUGAACCCCCUGCUGGCGGGGCGGUGUUUGAGAUCGAAGCCAAGGUCGGCAUGAUUUUCGACGAGCAGGCGAGCUAUCGGUUGAAUCUACCUGUGGAAACGGAGACUGUGUUCAACAAAGACAAAUUUCGGAGCAAGACGAGCUUUAAGAGUUCGAUGGAUAUGGCUCAGCACAAAGCUAUGAACAAGUUUCUGAACGACCUCGUCUGGGAGUCCUACCGCGCAUCUCAGGCCUCCGGUGAACCACCAAGAGUUGAUUAUAGCCACCCGCAUGAGUACGACGAAUUCUACGAGCUGACAGAAGUGGGUCGGAGAAAUCUGCCACCGUCCAUGGUAACAUGGCUUAAUCCUCGACAUACCCCUCGAGUGCGGAGAACGAUUGACGAGAAAACGAACACGGUCAAGGCACAGAUCAUCAAGUCCCGGAUUGCAGACCUGGAAGUCUACAAUCCUCGGGCUGAUUUCGACUAUCGAAUCUCGAUCUCAAUCGAAAGUCCGUGGGAGGGGGAUCCGAAUUGGCUGACCGAGAUGACUGAAGGAGGCCGCGAUAGAAAGAAGGACCGGAUGAGCUAUAGGCACUUGGCAUACCAGAUUGACUUGACCCAAGUGAGUUAUCCCAACACGCCCGUGAAAGAGCACGAGUUGGAGGUCGAGAUCAGCACGGAGCAGAUUCGGAUCGAGAUUGCGAGUCUCAAAGCCAAUCAACCCAACAAGUAUGAAAAGCUCGUCAGAGGUUUCGUGGAUAAUGUCAGGAUAUUAUGUCGGGAAGGGACACUGCAAAGACAGACCAAGUGA